UUCUGCCUUUUAAAAGUCUGAUAUAUAUAUGAGACAUUACAACUUUUGCUAUUAAAGAACACUUUGCCUGACAAGGAAGAUGAAACUUUUCAGCUCGAUUUUUGUUAUCGUUCUGGUAUUUUCAUUGCGAGCAAAUUAUAACGUUGAUGCUUGUAAAGCAAUUGGUGAAACAUGUGCAAAAACUAUUUUUGACAGAUGUUGCGAUGGUACUGUGUGUAAACUAAGUGCACCAUUUUAUGGAGAAUGUGUAGAAUGUUUAACUUCAGGAAAUAGAUGUUGGAAACAUUCAGAAUGUUGUUCAGGGUAUUGUAAUUGGUUUACAUGUCGGGAUUUAUAAACAUUGUUGUUUGGCCAAUCAAUAUUUUGAAAACGAUCGGUUAUUCUGAAAACCUUUUUUAAAGAAUAUAAUUUGUAAUGCAUUAUAACUUGUUUUUUUUCUGUAAAACAUUUUGAGUUUGACAGUAUACACAAAUUAUCAGUAACUUAAAAGUCAAAAGUUCUGUGAUUAAUCAUUGGAACCAAGCUGGGAUAUGUUCCCGUUUCCGAGUUGAAAGCGAGCACUGGCUGCGGCCAAUGUACCUUGCUGCACAAGAGCAGGUGAACUGGUAGUUGCACAUAGAGGCGACCAGACGCGGAAGCUUAUCUUUUAUGGAUACAGAAGAUAAGUCCCUACUAGUGAAGAUUAUUCGCGGUUUAGCCGCAUUAAAUGUUCUUCUAAUCGUUGUUGUUAGACGAUUUUUGAUUAUGUCUGAUGUUCUAUCACCUUUAAAUUUCAGACUUAUAUAAAGCUUUUUCUUCGGGACGGAACAACUAGAUUUCUUGUCGCAACUACUUCUAUUCAUAUUCUUUUCUAUGAAACGUUCUGGGUAACCAUUUUUGGUCAAGAUUUUCUUGAGGAAUGUGAAUUCUUCGCUAAUCCAUUCUGUACUGCAUAUCUGAUGUAUUAUUAUUAUUAUUAUUAUUAUUAUUAUUAUUAUUAUUAUUAUU